AUGCUGAGCUUCUUCCGCCGGACGCUGGGCCGGCGCUCGGCCCGCCGGCACGCCGAGCGGGAGCGGCUGCGGGAGGCUCAGCGCGCCGCCACCCACAUCCCCGCCGCCGGGGAGGCGAGGGCCGUGCUCACCUGCCGGGUGGCGCUGCUCGACGGCACGGACGUCAGCGUGGAGCUGCCGAAAAAAGCCAAAGGCCAGCUCCUGUUUGAGCAGAUCAUGUAUCAUCUGGACCUUAUAGAAAGUGACUACUUUGGAUUAAGGUUCAUGGAUUCUGCACAAGUGGCGCAUUGGUUGGACAACACAAAAAGCAUUAAAAAGCAAGUGAAAAUUGGCCCACCGUAUUGUCUGCAUUUUCGUGUGAAGUUUUACUCAUCAGAGCCCAACAAUCUGCGUGAAGAGCUAACAAGGUAUUUAUUUGUUCUGCAGCUAAAACUGGAUAUUCUUAGUGGAAAAUUGGAAUGUCCUUUUGACACAGCCGUCCAGCUGGCAGCUUAUAAUAUGCAAGCUGAACUUGGAGACUAUGAUCCUGCUGAACAUGUCCCUGAACUGGUGUCUGAGUUCAGGUUUGUGCCAACUCAGACAGAGGAGAUGGAACUAGCCAUUUUUGAGAAGUGGAAGGAAUGCAGGGGGCAAACGCCAGCACAGGCUGAAACUAACUACUUAAACAAAGCUAAGUGGCUGGAAAUGUAUGGUGUAGACAUGCACAUAGUCAAGGCAAGAGAUGGCAAUGAUUACAGCCUGGGACUAACCCCUACAGGAGUUCUUGUCUUUGAAGGAGACACAAAGAUUGGUUUGUUUUUCUGGCCGAAGAUAACGAGACUUGACUUCAAGAAGAACAAACUCACUCUUGUUGUUGUUGAAGAUGAUGAACAGGGAAAGGAGCAGGAGCACACUUUUGUCUUUAGACUGGAUCAUCCCAAAGCCUGCAAACAUUUGUGGAAAUGUGCAGUGGAACAUCACGCCUUCUUCCGGCUCCGAGGUCCUGUUCAAAAAAGCUCAAGUAGAUCAGGCUUCAUUCGGCUGGGUUCCAGGUUUCGAUACAGUGGGAAAACAGAAUAUCAAACCACCAAGACCAACAAAGCCAGGAGAUCAGCAUCGUUUGAAAGGAGGCCCAGCAAGAGAUAUUCUAGACGAACACUACAAACGAAAGCACAUGUUGCUAAACUUGAAGAAACAAGUUUUCCAAACAAUGCUGUUAUUACCCAAACAAAUGGAUCACAACAAAGUUGGAAUGCAAAGCCAAACGUACCUGUCCUAACAGCAGCAGUUCCUUCUGCCCCAGUCCUGGUGGAAAUAGAAAACCUCCCAAGGAGCCCAGGAGCCAGCCAGCAAGACAAGAAGUGUGUACCUCUUGUUGAUUUACUAGACAGCAUGGAGCUGCCAGAAACUUGUGUUGAUGAUGCUGUAGGCCGUCCCGUUGCUGGCUUGGCAACGGGAGAUUCAGAAGAAUUUGUUAGUUGCCCUCAUCCUGGCACGAAGGAAACUGCCAAUGGAAAAACAGACUCGGAUCCAUUUGAAGAUGCAUUGCUAAAACUGAAACAACUGGAGGCAGAGUGCAGCAGCCCUGUGCCAACUGACCGUCCCAACAUAAACAUAAAUGUGCAGGAUGAAGUGGUAAAGCUGACAGAUAAAUGUCUUAACAAUGCAAUUGAGAGCCCAAUAGCAGCAGCAGCAUGGCUUCCAGCAGAUAUGAAAAGCAAUAUCCUGAAGGCCCAGGCGGAAUCAGGGCACAAGGCUGUAAGAGAAGACAGCGUGGCAGGUACCAAGAAUUCCAUUAUUCAGGAUGCUGCUGCCAGGAACAUUCUCCCAUCAGGCAAAACACCGAGUAGUUCCCCAGCAACCAGUCCAAUAUUUCAAGAACCAAAAGAGCUCCUGCAAACAACCCCUGCCUCAAACACCUUCAUUCCUAAUGCAUCAAAUGAGGAUAGUGCUGCCUCUAGCCACGAAGAGUUGCUGAUUCCAGCUAGUCUGGCUCCAGCUGAGGAGGCUGCUGUUUCAAAGAGCACUCCAGAUGACCGGGACGUUUCCUUAACACCACUGACAGAGAAUCUAAUUGACUUUACAGAAGCCACACCUCGGGUGUCUCCCCAGCCCACGAUAACACCGAGGUGGAUAGUGCCAACUGGACUGAUUUCCAAUGGGCCUUUGGGAAAUGAUGUUGCCUUAGCUCUGAAAGCAAUGAAAGGCAGCACAGAGGCUCUGUUGCCAUCAGCUGGACUGCCACCAUCCCAGCAGACAUCUGAAGUCCUUGCAAGCCCAGUCAAUGAGGAUGCUACAAUAAGGACGAGAUGUUUACUCACCACUGAACUCUAGAAGAAGGAGUUUCUGCACUUCCCAUCUUGUAAAAACUCCAGUCUUCUACAAGCAGUCGUUUUGAAAAACUUGCUUGGGAUCAAACUCUUGCUGAAUGGGACGGAAGCAGCCGGCUGGUUUGCUAGGAUCCAGGAAGAGACUUUCACAUUUAUUGCAAUCUAACUGGAAUUAUAAUAUGAACCAGAAUAUAAAAACACAUGAAAAUUUGAUGUUCUCCUUAGGAGAAGUGAAUACCACACUGGAGCUAGUUCUGAACAUGCGGAACAAAAUCUACUUGUGUUCCACUCACACUAGAUUUAGUCUUUCUUAACCCUGUGCUGCCUCUGAAGUGUUAAUGGCAAGUGAUCACUGUGAUGUUAGCUAUAUAGUGUUUGAACACCACAUCCCUGACCUUUAUAGAGUAUUAUUGGGAAGAUUAGGAGAACUUCUAGGGCCAUCUUGUGGCCAUACUGUAUAUGGUAGUUCACAGUACUGGUGACUGUUUGAUACGGCCAAGGUAAUUUUCUUCUGUGUGGAUUAAUCCCAUUGGUUUUCCUUUGUUUUAACAACACAUAUGCUCCUUUUUGGCCUUAAAGCCCUUAAUAAUCUUUGCACCUCUUGUUACAGAACCUGGAAGGAAUUAAAAUCUAGUCCAUCAGUGACCAACUACUUUGACUGGAUUUGAGCUGCUCAUUGCAAGCAGGAAAAGGAAAAUUAACUGGCCAAACAACUUUUAGCAUUAGCAGAUUACAGCAGAGGUCCCACAUUUUUUUGACACUAGUUAUUUUAUUUUCUGUGUACAUGCAUUUAGGCUAUAGAUAUGGGGUUUUGUUUGUUUGUUUGUUUUCAAUGCUGAAGCAGUGAAGGUAUGAGUACAGCUUACUUCAGGAACUGCUUUGAGGUUAGUUCUGUUGUCAUUCAGCGCUAGGAAGGAAAAGACUUUCGUUAUUUGUAUUCAUAUUGUUUCUAGAUGUUGUUUCUAGAUGCUGUUCUUUGGGAAAUGCUUACCAGGCAUGUUAUGGCAUGACAGUACAACCAGGUCAGUUCUUACCACCUCGAAUCCUGUUCCAGAAUAGAAAGAAUAAGGUGAAAGUAGGAGAAAAAAGUUGAAACAUUCCCAAAAGUAGUUCACCUGCUUCUAGUAGGAAAGCAGGGUUCUUGCAAGAGCAUGCUCCACAGUGCUAGUGAAGACCUUUUGGUGCUCAGGUGAAGUACAGGAUACAAUACGUACAGUUUGAAGAGAUCAUUUGAGUCCCAGGCAGCAGGAUCCUCACGUGAAGGUGUAGAGGUGAGAGCACAUGGACCCUGGAAGUGUAUCCUGUGAAAAUAUCAAUGCAGAGUCAGAGGAAGGAGAAGUGUAGAAGCCCAAUGACGAAUUCCACACCUCCAAACAGGGAAGCACAGGUGAAACUACAGGGAUCCUUCCUUCUCAGGAAGAGGUUUGUACGUAUGACUGGGGUUGGAGGUUUUUUUCUGCGUAGUGCUGCUGUUUAUAAAUAUUUAUAUACAUGUGGUUCUUAGAAACAAUUUUGAAUGUGAAAGUCAGUUUGAAACCUGUACGUACAACUUCCUUUCUGUGCGCCUGCUGCGUGCACGUCUCUCAGUGUGGACAAAGAUUUGGACCAAACCACUGUGGGUUGUGCAGGUAAGCUUGUGUCCUACUAGGCUGCUUCGUUCAGACUAAGGUAUGUCCUGGAAGUUCUUACUGCUGUUUUUGUACUUGUUUGCAAGAUGCUGACUGAGAGUUUUAAGGAAGAAACUGCUUAGCAUUUACAUGGCCAACUGCCACUCCUCAAAGCCCCAGAGGCCUUAAUAGAGAAACACAGAAACCAUCGGGAGCAAUUCGGACUGACAUACCAGAGUGACUCUCUGCAGACAGUGAUUUGCAGCUACUGCCUGGAGAACCCAGAGCUGAAAUUGAUGGCGGGUGCUCCAGGCACGCUCUGCACUCAGCGCUGCCAGCCAGAGCGGAGCUGCUGUUUGGGACCGAGCAGCGUGUUUCUGCUCCCCGGCGUCCACCUGUCAUUGUUGCUUCCAGCGGAGUGUUAUCUUUUAUAUUUUAAGUCUGAGCCUUAUUGUGUAUUAAAAUGUAGAAGAUUCCCGAUUCAAAUAUCAAAUGUCUGAGUGUGGAUUAAUAGAGUUGCCAGAAAGGUUCCUGCAGGAAAAGGGAAGCUAUGGCUGCAACAGUCUGCUUCCUGCACAAAGCCAGGACUGUGUGGGGAAACUUGGCACUUGCUAUUGAUCUGUUUGCUCAGCAGCUGAGCUGGCAUUCGCCAGCUACAUGUGUUGGUUUUGUAAAUAGACAGAAUGCAGUAGCAUUCUCUUUAAGGCAUGUUUGAUAUUUGACUCUUCCCAUUGGGUUCAGGAGCACUGUGAACUGUUAGCUUGAAUUUCUCCCAAAAGUAAAAUAACAGAAGUUUACAGUUCUACAGCGUUGUGUGCUAAAUACCAUCCCUAGAUUCCUCCCAAGCAAUCACAUAAAGCAAAUAACAAGUAAAUAACACAUGUGGUGAAUGUGUCCCCCUAAAAUCUAAGUGGUUCCAAGUAGCCAACUGUUUACUGUCAGCAUGGCUGGGGUGGUGGUGGUUGAGGGGGGGCGUUGUAUUUAAACACACACAGGAAGAUUUCGGAGAGGCAAGGUUACCUCAAUUUCCAAUGGCCUAAUACUUAAAAAUUCAAAAAUUUCAACUGUUACAUUGGGGAUUUGCAAUUUCUAGUAGAUUUGAGACUGCAAACCUAAUUCUUCCCAGUGACAUCUGGGAAAAUAUUCCAUUUAACUCAACGUAGCUUAUUUAGCUAUUCCAAUUGUUUAUACAGGGAGCCUGGGGAGACUUAGACACCACAGUGAUGUGAUCUAAACAGGCACGUAAUUUGAUGUCUGAACAUCCUGUAGUUUUGCAUCACUAUUUUGCGUUAAAACUGUAGGUGUCAUGUGGUACCAUGACUGGCUACCAGGUAAUGCAGCCUUACUCAUCACUUAAAUUUUAUCAAACACAAAUAGAUACAGUAGUGCCUGCAGCUGACGUUAUAAAAUAUCGAUUAAUGCCAGCAUGCUAUUAAGAAAAACGGAUUUCUGAAUGCUGCUACUCGAUUGAUCGGCUAUAAGUCCAGCCGCACUCUAAAUGGUUAUUUUUUGGUAUUUAUUUAAAGAGUUUUAUAAACAAAACUUCUGUGUUAAUCUGACGUUGGGCUGUUGGCAGGUCUGCCAACCACUUAGAGGCUUUGAGAGUUGAAAAGAAUGAAGAGAUGCAGCCACGUGUGUCGUGCAGCCAUUUGGAAAAAGCCAGCUCCUUGAUUUUUUAUUAUACAAUAUAUUUAACAAAAAAAGUGUUGUUUUUUUUUUUUUUACCUAAGAAAGUUAUAACCCACUGACUUACUAAUGCAUAUUCCAGACUCUGCUUACUCACUGUCUUUGUACCCUUUUGCCAUGCGCAUGCAGUGCUGAUCAGGGAUGGAUGCUUUUUCACUCUGUAGUCAAAGAGUGAAAACUUACACAAAAAACUGAAAAGUGAUUGUACACCAUAAAAGAUUUUGCAGAAAUUUUAACAUCUGUAAAAUAACAAAAAAAAAGGGGGGGGGGGGAAACACACACAACACUAUAUCUCAAAGUGAUUAAUCUUAAGGAAACGUGGACAGUAGAACCGCGUUUCAAUCUCACCCAUCUAGUCUAACAGGAAGAGACCAGAGAGCCUUCAUGUGCGAGUAGGCGGUAAUUGUCCUGUAACUACAAGCUUUUGAAACAGGAAUUAAGGUGUGGGAGUUCAGGCCCUCUUACCACUGGAACUAAGGGGAUGUCUUUACAUCAGUGGUAGGGAAGUUGCAUAUCAUAAAAUAAUGACUUACCUGGUACUCAGUCAUGGUUAAUGGGUUAGCUUGAACAUACUCAAUUUUAAACUGAAAUUCCAUGUAUGCUUUGUCAAAGACAGCCAUAUAGAUGGUGUGUCUUGGGCUUUUUGGCCGCAACUUGGCGAGAAAAUGUGCUGCACUGGAUGAGGAGCUCAGGUGACAAGUCCAGUUACAUUCAGGUCUCUUUCCACAAACUGUUUCCAGCCCUUGCUUGUUUGUUGUCCCUUUGCACCCUGUCUUUGCCACUUAUUCUGUUUCUUGAAGCACAGCUGUACUGUUAAGGUCUGCCACAAAUAGCGUUGUUAUUCACGUUGUGAACAUGUUCUGGUACAGCCCAAAUCUUGUACAGGUGAAGUGUUAGCAGCUCUAUCUCACAGCCAGCUAGCAUUUAAAGCUCAGCUGUCUGGGCACGGAGUGUUCGUUAGUUAGAAAGUGGUAGUAAAAUUGUGUAACUCUUAGACAUGGUAGUGUCACAGCUUUCAAAUACAGCUGGACAAUCAUAACUUUUAUACCAAAAAAAAAUAAUCCUUGCUAAUGGUCUUUCAGCGGUGCAGGUCUAAUCUGCGUGUUUGGUCGGAGCGUUAGCACCACAGAAAUAAGUCCAGGGCCCUUCCCACUGCACUCAAGUGGACGUAGAGUUUGUGUGAUUUCAUUAAGUCUGCUGUUGUACGGCAGUGAGGAGGGAGGUCUGGGCAGUUGGCAUAGCCUGUGGAGAGCAGGGAUCCUCCAGAUUCUCCUCUUUUGUCCUGCUUGGCCUGAGCACUUUGCUUCCUAAACACACACAUGCCCUUACCUAUAACUGGACAAACCUAUUUUUAAAGUCUGUAAGAAUAUUUUUUUAGCUAGAUAUUUUUUUGUUAAAGCCACACUAACUACUGUAUUUUUACCUUUUUAUAUGUAAAGCUCGGCGGUAGGUCUCAAUGUAUAAUUUAUUUUUUUAUAAAACAAAGUGCACCCUCUCGCUUCUGUUUCACGAGGAUAGUGAUGUAUGAACUGCUUUAGGCACUGCACUGAGAUCUGUAUUGAAACUGUACAUGGGAACAAGAAGCUGUGAUCUGUAGUUCACUCGAACCCAAUCUUGAAAUGUUUAUAUUGUAGUUGUGUCUGAAAUACACCACAU